UAAAUAGCUACAAUACUGCGAAGUCUCCUAAGUCUCGCUAUUAGUUAAUAAUCUCUGGUGCACUUCUUCUGUUAUCAUGGCAGGCUUUCUUUCCAUUAUCAUCUUCCUUUUAUUCAUCAUUGUCGCCUCCGCAGAGAACCAACCUUCAUCUGAAGUCCUGGGGCCUCCAUUUGGGUUUGGGAAAGAGAAGAUGAGCCACCUACGCUUCUUCUUCCACGACAUCCUUAGCGGUCCAAAUCCAACUGCAGUGCGAGUGGCUGAUGCCCCGUCCACGAACAAAUCACCUACGCUAUUUGGUGCUGUGGCGAUGAUUGAUGACCCAUUGACGGAAGGACCGGACCCGAAGUCGAAGCUUGUAGGAAGAGCUCAGGGACUCUAUGCAUCUGCAUCGCAGGAGGAGGCUGGUUUGUUAAUGGUGAUGAAUUUCGCAUUCGUUGAAGGGAAGUAUAAUGGGAGCACACUCAGUAUACUUGGGAGGAACACGGUUUUCUCGAAGGUGAGAGAGAUGCCAGUGGUGGGAGGGAGUGGGCUUUUUCGCUUCGCCCGUGGAUACGCUGAGGCUCGCACCCACACCUUUAAUCUUACCUCCGGAGAUGCUAUUGUAGAGUAUAACGUCUAUGCAAUCCAUUACUGACAUCUUUUAUUUAUUUUUUUCUUUUCAGGAAAUAAUAUUUAUAUCCCAUUUUAUUUUUUUUUUCUUAUACAUG